AUGUCUUCGUUGAGGGCUUCCCAGAAACCAUUUUCAUGUCAAUUCCCUGGCUGUACGUCGAGUUAUCAGCGGAAAGAACAUCUGAACCGACAUGAGGCACAGCAUACCGGUGGUCUCGCCUGUGCUUGUUCGCUCUGCAAUCGCACGUUCUCUCGAAAUGACUCCCUAAGACGCCAUAUCCGUCAAGACCAUAGUAUCUCCCAAUUACACUUAACACGCUCAACCAUCGCCUGUCGUGCUUGUCGUCACGCCAAGAUUCGAUGUCGUGGCGGGAAUCCCUGUCUACGUUGUCGUGACAAAGGACGCGAAUGUACCUUCGAUAAGCCGACAUCUACCGUGUCCCCGUCGUCGGUGGAGGGGCAGAGACUUGAGUCUAGUGCCGAUGGCUCGGUUCCUUUGGAAGACGAGGACCGCGCGGCUCAAACAAAGCACUAUGUUAAUCUUUAUUUUACCCAUUUUCAUUCCCAUUGGCCUAUUUUACAUCGCGCGACCUUCAGUAUUCCCGAUGAGCCGCCGUUGCUCCUUCAGGCGGUGUUGAUGAUUGGGCUUUGGGUUAGUGAUAAGCCGUCGGCGCGACAGGCUGCGGUUGAUUUACAUCAGAAGUUGGGGUUAUGGAUUCGGGAACAGAGGGUUCAAUGGGAGAAUCUUCCUCCUCGAAAUGAACCCGCAGAGGACGGUCCUACCUCUAUAUGCCCUAUCGCCACCUACCAGGGUAUCCUCCUAUACAUAAUCUUCUCCUUGAUUCAGGACAGCAACACCCGCUCUCUCAGCCUGAACCUAUCUCUCUCACCAUCCGAUUACGAAAUUCUCUCCGUUCUAGUCCAAGUCUGUACCCAGAACCAGGUAUUCUACUACCCCAGUAUGUUGGAACGAUACCAGGACGUUGAUUCUAUGGCUUGUAUCUGGAUUGGAGUAGAGGAGAUGGGUCGACUGGGGCUGGCAAUGUAUAAGGUCUCGUCUUUAUGCAGAGCAGGUAGGGACUCGGAUGAUACACAGGGUCGGCUACUUGAGUUGUCGGAUCUGCAGUUCCCUGUGCCGGAUAGUCGGCAGUUAUGGGAUGCCAAGUCUACUCUGGAGUUGGGGCGAUUGCUGCAUGUGGAUGCUGGGCGGGAGAGGCUUGAUGCGAGGGAUAUGGGAAAUUGGAUCUCGGUGUGUGGGAAGGUGUUGGAAGUUGGGAGUGAGAGGUGGUGGCUUUGA